AUGGAUACUAGUCUCAGUUUAAGCAUCAUCACCCUAACCACACUUUUGAUUAGUUUAAACCCAACCUUAGUCAAAUCAGAGGAAGGCAUUGAUGUCUUUUUACCCAUAUCACUCAACCUCACCGUCCUAACCGAUCCCCUCUCCAUCUCCACCGCUUCUCGUGACUUCGGAAACAUAACCGACGAAAACCCUGGCGCCGUCCUCUGCCCUUCUUCCACCGCUGAGGUCACCCGUCUCCUCCAUUUUGCAAACGGAGGAUUCUCUGACGGCGGGGGCUCAACCAGUCCCUUGCCGGGUUUUAAGGUGGCGGCUCGCGGACAAGGCCACUCGCUCCGUGGCCAAGCCUCCGCACCCGGCGGUGUCGUCGUGAACAUGACGUGCCUCGCCAAGGCGACUAAACCAGCCGCGGUGGUUGUCUCCGCAGAUGGAACUUACGCUGACGUGGCGGGUGGGACGAUGUGGGUGGAGGUUCUGGAGGCGGUAGUGGGGAAGGGCGUCUCGCCGGUUACUUGGACUGACUACUUGUAUCUCAGUGUCGGCGGAACGUUAUCGAACGCUGGAAUCGGCGGUCAGACGUUUAGACACGGCCCUCAGAUUAGCAACGUUCAUGAGCUGGACGUUAUUACCGGAAAAGGUGAAAUGAUGACUUGCUCUCCAAAUCUGAACCCCGAGCUGUUCUAUGGAGUUUUAGGAGGUUUGGGUCAGUUUGGUAUUAUAACGAGAGCCAGAAUUGCUUUGGAUCAUGCACCCACAAGGGUCAAAUGGUUUCGAAUACUCUACAGUGACUUCUCGAGUUUUACAAGAGACCAAGAGCGUUUAAUAUCAAUGGCCAAUGAUCUUGAAGUUGACUUUUUGGAAGGUCAACUGAUGAUGUCAAACGGCAUAGUUGACACAUCUUUUUUCCCACUCUCCGAUCAAACAAGAGUCGCCUCUCUUGUAAACGACCACCGUAUCAUCUAUGUGCUCGAAGUGGCAAAGUAUUAUGAUCGUACCACACUUCCCAUAAUUGACCAGGUGAUUGACAUGUUAACUAGAACUCUAGGCUUCACUUCCGGGUUCAUGUUCGUGCAAGAUGUUCCUUAUUCCGAUUUCUUGAACCGUGUCCGAAACGAAGAAGAUAAACUCAGGUCUUUAGGGCUAUGGGAAGUUCCUCAUCCAUGGCUUAACAUUUUCGUCCCGAGAUCUCGAAUACUAGAUUUCCAUGAUGGUGUUAUCAAAGGCAUUCUUCUCAACCAAACGUCAACUUCUGGUGUCACUCUCUUCUAUCCCACAAACCGAAACAAAUGGAACAACCGAAUGUCCGCGAUGAUAGCGGACGAAGAUGUUUUUUAUGUGAUUGGAUUCCUACAGUCAGCUGGUGGAUCACAUAAUUGGCAAGAACUCGAGGAUCUCAACGAGAAGAUAAUCCAGUUUUGCGAUAUCUCGGGCAUUCUGAUUAAAGAAUAUUUGAUGCAUUACACACGAAAAGACGACUGGGUUAAGCACUUUGGACCAAAAUGGGACAAUUUCUUGAGGAGGAAAAUUAUGUUUGAUCCCAAAAAACUAUUAUCUCCAGGACAAGACAUUUUCAAUUAG